GUCAGCAUCACUCCCAGUUAUUCUUUCAUCUAGCCGGGUCCAGAGAAAGGGAGGCGUUGUUGGGUCGGUCCCUUCAUUCGUUUUCUUGCAGGCCACUGCUUUCUCGCGCACAGAUCUUCCUUGCUUCCAAGUUUUUCUGGAUCGAUCGAUAGAUUCAAGCUCUCCCGGUGGUCAUCAGUCAAGCUUUGUGGGGUGCUCUGGAUUCCUUUUAGAGAGAUUGUACUCCCAUGGAUCGAGGAUCGGCUCUCGUCACAUUCUUCCCACUUCUCCUCUCAUUUGCCCUCUUUGGAGGGAUUCAAGCAUGCGACAACGGCCAAUGUAAGAUUGCGGAGUCGUGCUCGCAAACGUCCGAUUGUAUGCCGGGACUUGCCUGCUCCAACCUGUGUACAAAUGCGACUAGAUGUUUAAGGACCCAGUCUUUCAAUGUUCUUGGGCUGAAUAACUCAAUGCCUUUCAACAAGUACUCGUGGCUGACUACACACAAUUCCUUCUCGAUAAAAGGAUCGCCAUCGCUCACGGGAACUCCCAUUCUCACGUUUGACAAUCAAGAAGAUAGUGUCACGCAGCAGCUCCAGAACGGAGUACGGGGAUUGAUGCUCGACAUGUACGACUUUAUGAACGAUAUUUGGUUGUGCCAUUCUUUUCAAGGCCAGUGCCAGAACUUCACUGCCUUUCAACCAGCGAUCAACACGCUCAGGGAAAUCGAGACGUUCAUGUCGCAAAACCCGUCGGAAGUUAUUACCAUCUUCAUCGAGGACUACGUGAGGAGAUCAAACGCUGUCUCCACGCUGUUCGCAAACGCUGGCUUGAGGAAGUACUGGUUUCCAGUGUCUCGGAUGCCCAAGGAUGGCUCCGACUGGCCUAGCGUCGCCAACAUGGUAGCCAACAAUCAGCGCUUGGUGGUUUUCACGUCCAUCUCCUCCAAGGAAUCCAGCGAAGGCAUUGCUUACCAGUGGCGAUAUGUGGUCGAGAACCAGUACGGAGAUGGUGGCUUACAGCCAGGACAAUGCAGCAAGCGAGCAGAAUCCACAGCUUUGGACAACAAGGGAGUCUCACUCUUCCUCGAGAAUUACUUCCCCACAAAUCCAGCGGACACUCAAGCCUGCCGUGACAACUCCCGGCCUCUAUCUCAAGUUAUAAGUGCCUGCCACAACGCUGCUGGAAAUCGAUGGGCGAAUUUCCUGGCUGUGGAUUUCUACAAGAGAAGUACUGGCGGAGGAUCAUUCCAAGCAGUAGACGUAUUAAAUGGGAACAUUUUGUGUGGAUGUGGUGAUGUUCACGAGUGCCAGGCUGACCUCGCUCGAGGCGUUUGCAACACCACAAACACUCCGCAGGUGGCCCAAAACUCGGACGAUGGAAGUCCAGACUCUCAGCAGCAGCAGCCAUCGCAGCCCCGCUCGUUUCCUUCCACUUCUCCGCCACGAAUCGCUCCUCCCAUGAUUGGUCUCCUCGUCCUUUUGCUGUGCAGCUGGAGUAUUCUCCACGACCAGCAGUAGCUCCACCAAAAGUCUUUCUUGAUCCAUUCAUUACGCAACAACGAUCGUUUUGCGCCUUCGAUUUCCAUUGCUUCUUUCGCGUUUUAACUUCUCGUUGUCAAUAUUUCUAA